AUGGAGUGCCUGAACGGCAACGGCGUCAACUGUCGCAGCAAGAGCAUACUGCCCGCAGUGCCGCCAGACCAGCAGCAGGCAGCUGCACUUCAAAAUGGCGGCGGACACAAUGGCGCCGCGGCACUCAAGUCAGCCGGCGCAGAGGAGGAGGAGGACUGGCCUCAUCUUCGCCUGCCGCCGUACACUGAGGCACAUCUGCACACUUGGGUCGCCCCCAUCAUGCGAUCGAAUCCAUCAUCCUGGCCAGGGGAAAAUGGCAAAGGCGUCGAUCUUCCCAAAGACCAGGAGAAGCUGAAGGAGGAGAAGUUCAAGCUCAAUCAAUUUAAUCUUAUCGCUAGUGAUAUGAUUGCGCUGAAUCGAUCUAUUAAUGAUGUCCGCCUUGACGGAUGUCGUCGAAAGAGGUAUCCUAAAUAUUUGCCAAACACUUCUAUUAUAGUAGUUUUUCAUAAUGAAGCCUGGAGUACGCUCUUGCGCACAGUACAUAGUAUAAUUCGCACAUCACCCAAGUCACUACUGGCAGAGAUUAUUCUGGUAGAUGAUGCUAGCGAAAGAGACUAUUUAGGACAAAAGUUGGAGGACUAUGUCGCCACAUUGCCUGUCACCGUGAAGGUGUACCGAACGGGAAAGCGUUCAGGCCUGAUUCGCGCCCGGUUGAUCGGCGCAGAGAAGGCCACCGGUGAGACGCUGACCUUUUUGGAUGCGCACUGUGAGUGCACCAAAGGAUGGCUGGAGCCGCUCAUGGCGAGAAUCGUCGAGGACAGAACCCGAGUCGUUUGUCCAAUCAUCGACGUAAUUAGUGAUGACAAUUUUGAGUACAUUGCCGCAAGUGAUAUGACCUGGGGCGGUUUCAACUGGAAGCUCAAUUUUAGAUGGUACCGUGUGCCCCAGCGCGAGCUUGAUCGACGCAACAGUGAUCGGACGCUGCCGGUGCGGACGCCGACAAUGGCGGGCGGCCUCUUUUCCAUGGACCGAGAGUACUUCAACAAGCUGGGAAAGUACGACGAGGGCAUGGACAUCUGGGGAGGGGAGAACCUGGAGAUGAGCUUUCGCAUUUGGAUGUGCGGCGGCACGCUGGAGAUUGUCACCUGCUCGCACGUUGGCCACGUCUUUCGCAAGUCUACGCCGUACACCUUUCCCGGGGGCACUUCCAAUAUUGUUAAUCACAACAAUGCCCGUCUGGCGGACGUGUGGAUGGACUCGUACAAGGAGUUCUACAUCGCCAUCAACCCUGCGGCCAGAAGCAUCAAGAUGGGGGACACUUCAGGGCGGAAGCAGCUAAGGAAAGAUCUGAAGUGCAGAGAUUUCAAGUGGUACCUGGAGAACAUCUAUCCGGAGAGUCAAAUGCCCCUGCACUACUACUCACUGGGCGAGGUGCGCAACGUCGACUCGAAGGACUGCCUGGACACCUUUGGGCGAAAAAGCGGCGAAAAUAUCGCCAUGUCGCGGUGCCACGGCCUGGGCGGCAAUCAGGUCUUUGCCUACACUAAACGCAAGCAGAUCAUGUCUGACGACAACUGCAUGGACGCUUCGGGCCCCAGUGCGCCCAUCAAGCUGGUGCGCUGUCACGGCAUGGGCGGCNGGGCGAGAUCUGAUCGAUUCAGACCGACAUCGUCGGUGUCAUCAAACGACAUGGAAGAUCUGGUGGACGAGCUGAGUGGCACGACGCUCGAUGGCGAUGGCGCCAACAACAAUAGGGAUUCAGUCAAGUCGAAGAGCAGCAAACCGGUGAACCGAACCGCCUCCAUCAUCAACCGCUCCAAGCUGCUCAUGCUGGACAGUGACACAGACUCAGAGGCCGACGAUGAGAUGGGCAGUGUUGACAAGAAGCGAUGCUCCAAGCACAUUCGCGUCGCCAAGCAGACCAAAGGACUACUGCUGCCUGGUGCCAUGGGCUGGCGUGCUGGCGGCGGUGGCAUACCGCAUUCUGCCUACUCAAAGGUGCUCUCCAAGGGCAAGCGAAAACGAAACUCCAAUGCAGAGGCUCUUCACGCCUUUGCAGCUUCAGCUGCAGUUCACGCCUCCACCUCCUCGAGCAUAUCACCCUUUGCACUCAGCCCAGAGAACCUCUUUGCCCCCGGUCCGAGUGGAAUGCAGCAGCUGUCCUCGAACGAGUCCAUGGACGUCGAGCAGUGUGAUGUCCAGCAUCAUCAGCAUCAGGAGGGCGGUCGCAGAGCUGAUGACGGCGGCGGUGGCGGCCAUGUCUCUGAUGUCAGCGACGGCAACAUCUCCGACGACUCCCCGACGGAGUUCAACUUUGACGGCGACGAUGAGCAGAGCGACUUCCACGACAGCUCCAGUGCCGGCCACAACAGCUCCUCGGCUCGACAUCGCAAUCGAAUCUACUCUCACACCCGCUCAAAGGAGUUCAAGAUUCCCACCAACCCGUCUAACCCGUUCUGGUCAGUGGCGGCCAACCACGUCGACAGCAGCCACUCCUCUGCAAUCAGUCUGUGGAAGCGACGGCGACCGCUGAACUACUAA